ACAGCACUUUAUUCUGUACUUUAUGCCGUGGUUCAUCUCUCAUAGAAUUUUAGCUUGAGACACAAUGCGAUCAUACGCCGUAUCAUCGUUGCUCUUAGCACACCAUUGUUUGGCUUUAAGUCAGUAUCUUAGCAGUCUCCCAACGGAAUUUCAAUCCAGUCAUGCCAAAUGGGCAUGGGUAUCAUAUGAGUCGCCUGCUGUUGCGGUCAUUCCGGGAUCUUUCAAUCGGACCGCACUCCAAGCUCCACACGAGGGUGAUGCAUCUGAUCCGAUUGUUAGGGAAGCUUUUUCUCAACUGAACGAAACAGAUUUUGUAGCAUAUGAUCAGCGUUUCUUUCAUUUGAUCGGUCCCGAUGCAACAAUCGACCAUGUGCAAGAACUCGCGUAUCAGACGCAUGAAGCUCCAUGCUUCGACCAGGCUACUGGAAACCUUUUCUUUGCAGAGUGGGGUCCGCCAGGAGGCGACAAUGGGACUCAUGACUGGCAAUACUUGCUCAAUACACGCAACAAUAGUCUUCAGAAGAUUAAGACUGACCCUCCGACGUACAACGCCCACGGUUGUGUGAUAUACGACUCACAGAUGUACGUAGUCACAGACGGCUACGAAGACGUAGAAACUGGUCAACUUGUGCGCAUCGAUCCAAAUACGUGGAGGCAUGAAACCAUCCUGAACAAUUAUCACGGCCAACCAUUCCUCGGUUUCAACGAUUUGGACAUCGACAGUGAUGGGAACUUUUGGCUCACAGACUCUAAGUCUGCAUUUGGUCGUGAUUUGAUUGAGUUUAGCAAUCCGACAAACCCUACAAUCUACUUUGUCAAUAGCACAACAAUGCGCCCCAGACCCGUACACAUCACGACAGGGAAUACAAACGGCAUUGCGGUGUCACGCUCGCAAGCAGAUCCGUCCGUGCACACUGUGUAUCUUCCAGAUACAGGCUUUUCGGAAUUCAAGCCCGUGUCGCGGAAGAAUCCUCUCGGCGACAGAGCACUCUUCGCAUACGAUGCUGCAGAAGGAGGCGUACUGAAAAACGCUCGGUUUCUUAACAAUCCAAUCGCGUGGUUCUAUGAUGGUAUCAGAGCGAGCAAGAAUGGGUAUCUAUUCGCAGGUGCAGGUGAUGGUGUCGAUGUCAUAGAUCCAGUUGAUGGCCUUACAUUGGGUACAAUCCGAGUUGGUGGAGGCGAAAACGUUGCUGUCAGUGUGGCUUUUGGUAAAAAUGAAUUGUGGAUUGUCGGAAGGGGUGGAGUUUGGCAUGUCAAUGGCGUGAAAGAAGAGUUAGCACGGGACUGGUGA